AUAUAGUACAUGCCAGAUAUAGCCUAAAGAUUUGAAGGAAAUAGAUUCCCAGUAUACUAUAAUACACCUAUAAUUUAUCCCUUGCACUUUAGGCCCAUUGAGAUGCUUCCUUUAAAAUUCUACAUUACCGCGUUGGUGCUUCUCCCUGCAAUUCCCUUGAAGUCACUGACAGUUCGUGAUAGUUACAAUCCUGGAACCUGCGCAAAAGCCAACCGUGGUGAGCUCGUCCUGGUGAAAGAUCGUGAGAAUAAGGAUACUAUCCUGGUUUGCACUGAAGAUGAAGGAGUGUACACUUGGAAAACAACAGAUGGCUCGAAACCUCCUGGUGAAUAUUUCAAUCCUGGUUACGACUGCUUAGAAAUACUGAAUCAAAACACUAAGGCAAAAGACGGUUUUUAUUGGGUAGACUUUCAUCGUCCUGUUCCACACAAGGUGUGGUGCGACAUGAGCACAGAUGGUGGGGGGUAUAUCCUAAUCGGGAUUAUGAACAAUACUGUCACUUGGAAUGUUCCAUCGAGAAACUCUACAGUAGAGCCAUUUGGUACUCCUCAGUUUUCUAGUGCAUUUGGUGACGUCUCUAUCUUGGACCUAAGAAUACAGGUUGCUACAGAUGCACAAUAUACACAGACCAUAGCACAUUGGUCUUAUCGGUUCAAGAACAAACGUUCUUUGAAAGAAUUAUUGAUGGUGAAUGACGGUGGGUGUUCGAAUCAUUUUCCCGGAAUAGGCGACAUUUCCUACGUGAAAAAUUUGAUGACUAAAGAAAUUGCUUCCAGAGAAUUUUCUUGUUCAGUGUUUGGAUCUUACAGUCAUCCUUCUGCUAUGAUUGGUUGGUCCAUGAUGAAUUCUUGCUUGGAAAGGCCAUGUUCUAAUGGAUUUGCCUAUCACUCUCUUUAUCCUAUUCAGGUUGACUUUUCUGGUGGAUUUAGUUUUCUUGCUGGUAAUAAUUCUGGAAUGAGUGACGGUUUAACAGCAUUUUUUGGAUGUGACAAAAAAAAGUGCUGUGCUUGCUAUGGCCCAGCCGGAGGCAGUGGUGUGUAUUGUGGCAAGGAAUGCAAGGUCAAGAAGGGUGGUACAAUUACGAAGAAUGCUCGCGCCAGGUUUUGGGUAAGAUUGAAUCCUCCCCGGAAAGUCUGGGAAAAAUGCAUGGAGUACAAGACUGAAGAAGAGAAUGGUGAUGCAGCUUGGUAUAAAUUGGUCGGCGAUAGAAAUAUCCCUGUGAAGGGUCGCUGUGGAAAUAACGAUGCCGCAACUUUAAACGACGGGAUUGUUGUUGUUCCUGAUGCUGAAACCCAUGAUAAAGUACCAAAUAUCAGUGGUAUUUUAGCGUAUCAGAAGGAUACUGAACAGCUUUACUUAAGGAAAAAUGACACAUGGAAAAUUAUUGCAGAAAAAGAGAUGGUCAAAAAUGUAGAAGACAAAAUCUUUUUGUUAGAUAAACAGGUAUUCACGUUCAGUAAUGAAACACUUGCAAAGCUGGAUUUCUUGGAGCAAAUGAUUAGCUUGUUAGAUCUUAUCCAUUACCCCGGCAAGAUUUUGAUCGGAAAGCCAAGUUUUAUAACUCAACUGAAACAAUGGUUGCCGCCACCUCACCGUCGUUUGGUGUUGUGUUAUCAAAGUUCGAGAGACGGCUGGAGCAGUUAUACGUUCCACAGCGCUUGCGAUAACAAAGGACCUACUGUUACCAUGAUUAGAGUUCAAUCAUACAUAUUUGGAGGUUACACAGAUGUUUCGUGGGGAGGAUCGAGUGGGUACAGAACAAGCACAAAAUCGUUCAUUUUCUCUCUUCAAAAUCAAGACAAUUUGAAACCAUUUAAAGCUGAUGUCUACCAAAACAGUCACAGGGCUAUAUACACAAGUUCUAGUCAUGGUCCAAUUUUUGGAGGUGGUAACGACAUCCACAUUGCAAACAAUGCUGAUCAGUCAACAUCCUCGGGUACACAUUUUGGCUACACAUACCGUCCUCCCUCUGGUUACAGUUUUCAAGCCAGCAAUACGCAAACAUUACUAGCUGGUAGUUUCCACUUCAUUCCAUCCGAGGUUGAAGUUUUCUACUUUGUCUAG